AUGAGACGCAAUCCUUUAAUUUCUAUACGCAAAGCUGAAGCGACAAGCUUAAAUAGAAUUUUUGCUUUCAACAAAGAAGAAGUAACACAUUUCUAUGAUGAACUUGGGUACUUAAUGGAAAAACAUAAAUUUAUUCCCAGCAACAUUUACAAUACUGACGAAACUGGUAUCGCCACGGUGACAGACCCAGGAAAAGUGCUUGCCGAAAAAGGACAAAGAAGAGUCGGAUCUGUUACAAGUGGCGAACAAGGAAGCAUCAUAACAGUUAUGAGUGCAGCCGGAAACUUCAUAACGCCUAUGUUUAUUUUUGCCAGACAGAGAAUGACGCCUUUAUUAGAAAUAGAUGAACCAGCUGGUGCAUUAUACACCAACUCUAAAAAUGGCUGGAUAAACGAAGACUUAUUUGUCACUUUGCUCAAACAUUUCGCAGCAUUUGCUAAGCCUACACAAGAAUCACCUGUGUUGUUAAUUCUGGACAAUCACAGUAGUCACAUUUCCCUUCAAGCUUUUAAUUUUUGCAAAGAAAACCACAUCACAAUGAUUUCCAUUCCACCACACAGUUUUCACAAAACACAGCCGCUGGAUGUGUCUUUUUUAUGGGUUGCUGAAAGCCGCUUAUGGGCAUGA